AUGCUGCGUGAAACGUUUUAUUCGCUGAUCUUCGCACUUGUCGUUGCUCAGCUGGAGGCCACGCCCAUCGUGAAUGAAGGCAAUGAACUUGUGCGACAUACGCGACACAUUGGAGUGCCCAGCUAUGCUGGCUAUGGAGGUGGCUACGGUGGAGGCUUUGGAGGUGGCUAUGGCGGUGGCUACGGUGGCGGCUAUGGUCGAAGUCUAGGCGCUGGUAGCUUUGUUGGCGGUGGCAUUGGCUUUGCCAAGUUCAAAGGUAUUGGCUUUGGCGGUUUUUUGGGCUGA